GUUUCCAUCGGAAGAGGGGUUUUCUGUACUUUGCAGAAGCCAGAGCAGAUUUAUUCCGAUAGAGAAUCACCAGAAAUAAUAAGGAACCAUGGGAAAGCAGAACAGCAAGCUGACUCCCGAGGUGAUGGAGGAUCUGGUGAAGAACACAGAGUUUAAUGAACACGAGCUGAAGCAGUGGUACAAAGGCUUCCUGAAAGACUGCCCAAGCGGCCGGCUGAACCUGGAGGAGUUCCAGCAGCUGUAUGUCAAGUUCUUCCCAUAUGGCGACGCGUCAAAGUUUGCACAACACGCCUUCAGAACCUUUGACAAAAACGGAGACGGCACCAUCGAUUUCCGAGAGUUCAUCUGCGCCCUGUCCAUCACAUCCCGCGGCAGCUUCGAGCAGAAACUCAACUGGGCCUUCAAUAUGUAUGACCUGGAUGGCGACGGCAAAAUCACCAGAGUGGAGAUGCUGGAGAUAAUCGAGGCAAUCUACAAAAUGGUGGGCACUGUGAUCAUGAUGAAGAUGAACGAGGACGGCCUGACACCAGAGCAGAGGGUGGACAAGAUCUUCAGCAAAAUGGAUAAGAACAACGACGACCAGAUCUCGUUGGAGGAGUUCAAAGAGGCAGCGAAGAGCGACCCGUCCAUCGUGCUGCUGUUGCAGUGCGACAUGCAGAAGUGAACCUGCUCGCUCCCCGUCCCCCGUCUGUAUCCACACACUCUGGACAGCAGCACACGUUUUAAUGUCUCAUUAGGUUCUCUGCCAUUUCCACAGGAAAAAAAACAAACAAUAUGCUUGGACUAUUUUUCAAUGGACUCGCUUCUUGUGGUUGUAUGCAUGAGAAUGUCAAAUGCUGAAUAAUUUUGAAUAUAGCUAUAAGAUAUCAUGCAUUUCUAUUUCAAGACAUGCCAACGUGAUUUGUGCACAGUAACCCUAUACAUUCUCAUCCAACCCUAGCUUGUAUAUCAGUGGAGCACUGCAUUAAAUUAUGUUUCUGCAGUAUUUAGGAUCCCCGGUGUUCACUGCUGCAACUACUGUACGCUUUACAUAAUAGUAACAAAACAAUAAUUCCUAUGAUAAUUGUAACUGUCUCUACUAUCCAGACUUGUUGAGCUCUUGGAGAAUAGAGAGGCUCCUGUCUGUUCCAGAUGUUUUCUCACGAUGGAACCAAGAAGAGUAGGUUCUUUGCAUGCAUAUAUUACGUGUCAAAAAAAAAAUAUAAUCUCUUACCUUUUGCAUCUUUAGGUGGUUAUAAAAGAGAAACCCUCAUACUAAAUUCAUUUAGUAUUGUUGCAUGGGAUGUACAGUAUGUGACUCAUUAGCUCAUUAGUUCACCUCCAGUAACGUGGGAGCAUGCUUCCCUCCAUUUGAUUCUGUGUGUGACACUUUUUCGAAAGGAAAUAUUCGGGCGGCGGUUGCGGGUUAAUCUCCGAGGAAGAGCUUUCACAUAAACAUUGUAUUGCGUUUCGCUUCAGUGACUUCUGGGAUGAGCAGAAAUAGAUUUACUAGACAUCCUUCCCUUACGAUUACAACCGUACUGCUGCCGCUCAAUCCAGAGGAAAAUUACAGCCGUCAUUAGGUGCAGUACUCAUGCAUCAUCCCCCACAACGAUCCAAAAUUGGCUUCUUUUUCAGGCUGCUUAUUUGAUUUUGACUUUAAGAAAAAAAAAAAACUUUAAAAAAAAAAACAACAACUUAGUUUACUGAGUACAUAUCAACAAGUUUACAGAAAUGAAGCACUGCAAAAUGAGUACAGUCUUGGCUUUUGACCUCGUUGCUGCUCCACUUCCAAUGCAGCAAAAAGAGGAACACUAAAAAGCCUCACAUAUGUUUACUGGACACACUGCAUUCCUUCGUAUGAAACUUUUUUGUAAGGAGAAACUUUUUAAUCGAAAGGUCUCAUCUUCUUAUCUAUUCCGUUCGCAGCGAUCAUUAAAGAUGCAGGACCCGAGAGAGAGAGAGAGGAAGGGGGGUGUGCUUGGUAAAGCUUUUGAAAGAGCGUUUCAGUGUGAGGCUCGAUGAUGAUGAUGAGGCUGAUUUGCAGAGAAAUUCUCUUUCGACGGUUUUUUGCUUCCCCAUUUCUAGGCUAUGCAAGCACGGACCGAGUGUCUGCUUGUAGUCCACUAACAGUAGUGGAAGUUGCAGAAGCUUUUCAUUGUUCCGUCUGUAACACUGAACGUCGCAUUAACGUCGUGUCUGUUAUUAUUUCUGAUUUUCAGUCGAGUCGCCAUGUCAAGAUUCUUUGUCGAGUAAAUGUUUAUAUCAAAUAUGAAAAAUCAUAAUACAAGUGACUGUAUUCUUUUAUACAUGUGGCAUGUGUUGCACCCAAAAUUAAUUCUGUAGUGACUAAAACGAAUAAACCAUCAACAGGCUUUUUCAAAAGA